AUGGCGAAUAACUCUCUGGGUGUGAAAAGCAAGACGGCUGGCCCGGCUCCAUUCCUCAGAGUUACCCCCUCUAACUCCCCCAUCCCCAUCCCCAGACCACCGACGCGCUCCUCCACCAAACCUUCCUUAUACCAGUCCACCUUGUCCCUCAAAACCGUCAUUGGCACAACAACCACAACCCCCAAUGGCUUCUCCUAUCAUGACCAGAGCCGGUCAUUCGCCCUCUGCGCAGGCUCCGCUGCCGUAUUGGCUGACCUGGACAAUGACGACAAUGUAAAUCAACGGUUUUUUCGUGCCCGACCCUCCGCAGCCAGUAUCAACCCUGUAACGUCAUUCUACAACCAAUCGACUCCUCCAACUACCCCUGAUGCCAGACCGAAGUCUUUCUCCGGCACCAAACCGAUAGCCUACAACGGCAUUUACAAUGGCUCGCCGUCCACUGAAAUCGUAGAAGCUCCUAGCCCGCGCGCUUGGUCUUCAAGAGAAAGAGUGAAGGCAGUGACCAGUGUCGCUCUUAGUCCUAAUGGCAGGUUCCUUGCUGUAGGGGAGACCGGGUAUAACCCAAGGGUUUUGAUCUUCUCGACAGCCAAAGAUGCACCCUCUGACGUACCGCUUUCAAUACUCACGGAACACUCGUUCGGUGUCCGUGCCCUUGCUUGGAGCUCGAAUUCGCAAUAUUUAGCCACUCUUGGGGAUGUGAACGAUGGGUUUCUCUUUGUCUGGGCUGUUAGCCUCAAGAAUGGCUCAGCAAAGCUCCAUUCUACCAAUAAAUGUACCACUGUCAUUCGUGAUAUGACAUGGAUGGGCCAGACUUUGAUUACGGCGGGCAUUAGACACGUCAAGGUUUGGAGACUUCCUGAAGUACGACCCGCCUCUCCGUCGAAGUUGCGCUCCAUCGGCGAACAGACUCCUAACAUCACGAUCACCGCGCCCAAGGCACUCUCUGGGAGAAACUGUGUAUUGGGCGCCUUGGCAGACAGCACAUUUACCAGCCUGGCCAGGCUAUCUGACUCCGAAGUUGUUGUUGGCUCCGAUUCUGGGGCACUAUGUAUUAUUGAUGACAGUGAAGGCAACGCGAAGUUUACUCUGGCCCAACAUGUGGAGUUCGGUAUCACUUCCCUCACGGUUGAUUCGGAUCGGUUUUGUAUCUGGAUUGGUGGACGUGGAAGACGUAUGCGGAGGUUUACCUUUGAGUCGUUACGACCAUCGAGCAACCCGUGCUCCCCUCCCACUUCUGGGAGAUCUUCAGCAGAGCAGAAGUCCAAAGAGCCCGCGAUCACUUGCAUGGGAUCCCUUGCCUCCCACUUGGUCACGGUAGAUUCUACGAAGGCAAUUCACAUCUAUUCAAUGGAGAAACUGAACGAUCUCGGCGAACAGUGUGACGUGGGAACAACGAUGCCUGCUCAUCGGGACGCGGUUCUUGGAAUUGGCCCUUUAAAAACAUCUAACCAUCUCGGAGCCAAUUUCUUUACAUGGUCUUGUAAAGGCAUGGUUAAGUUUUGGAACACCCAAGGCGAGUGCCGCGGUUCGCGAACUAUCACUAUUGAGCAGCUCCCAGGGAGUGACGAUGAUAUUUCGAACGAGUUGAAAAUAUUGCGAGCGACUAAUAAGAUGGAGAUAUUUGUCUCUGGCGAUAAGCUCGGCGUUUUACGAGUGUUGCAAGGUCAGUUGUGGAAUUGUACGAAUGAAGUGCGGGCGCACGGCGCAGAGAUUACAGACAUAGCUCUCUAUCAAACGCCUGACUCUUGUAUGAUUGCUAGUUCUGGCCGGGAUCGGAUGGUGCAACUGUUCGAAAGACGCGAAGAGAGCCUUCAAUUAAUUCAAACCAUGGAUGACCACGUUGGAGCCGUUGGCCAGCUUCUUUUUAUCAGCGCAGGAGAAAAGCUCCUUUCGUCUUCUGCAGAUCGUACGAUCCUGGUUAGGGAACGGGUGACCCGAGAAGUUGAUGGAGAAACUGCUAUUGCAUACCUGAUAUCAAGGGUAAUUACUCUGAGAUCAUCUCCGGUGUCCAUGUCACUAUCUCCAGAUGAACCUGACAACCUGGUCUUUUCUACUGUGGAUCGUUGCGUACAUCAAUAUGACAUGAUAUCUGGCCGUCACGUGCACUCUUUCCGCGCAGCAGAUCCUGAAUCGAAUGAUACAGUGGCCAUGGGUUCGUUGACGGUAACCUCAAGUGUUGCUGGUCAAAGCCCUAAGUUGCUUGUUGGAGUCUCGGGAACCGACAAGUCGAUUCGUAUAUACGAUUUGGAAAAAGGGGUUCUGCUUACGGGAGAAUUUGGACACACUGAAGGUGUCAGCGAUGUCCAACUUCUAGAAGCUCCCCCUGAUGUGCCCGGAAAUUCUGCAGAGCGCAUACUCGUUAGUUCUGGGAUCGACGGCGUGGUCAUGAUAUGGAAUGUGUCGGUGCAGUUACAACAACCUACCCAGCCAGCCGCUCAAGAGGAGGAAGAUGUACCUGCUAAAGAGCUUACGGUCUCCAAGCCUCCUCUGAGAAAAAUUUUAUCGCGAGCAGAACUAGCGGGGUUCCAACGACCGGACAACAUGGUGACAACUCCUACCCCGGUACGCGAGCAAUGCCCACCAUUGUUGCGCAAAUUAUCUAGAUUUUCGCUUGUCUCUUCAAAGAACGGAAAUGUGCCCCCCAUGACGCCCCCCUCGAUCCCUAACCGCCGCUCCCCUACUUCGGGGAGUCGUCCAGAGAAACUGCGGCGUUCUCCCUCACCCCCUAGCCCGCGAACGACGGGUGCGAGGAAGACUAUGGAACCUCGCAGCGACAGUCGCUGUUCCUCUCUGGAUUUCCGCGCGCGUACCCGAGGAUCAGCUAAAAGCGAGUUUGGGAGCCUAAAUAUGUCAACAGAACAAGUAUGCCGCACGCUUAAAGCCUACAGAAAAAAGCUCAAUGGAUGUACGGAAUAUCUCCAUGCUCAAAAGGAUUUGGAGCGUGAACUAGGCCUCACCUUGCGAGCUCUGAAUUCCCGGGCCAGAAAAAGUGAAACGGGAGAAACCGAGACCGAUAGCAGCGGGAAAGAAAAUGAAAAGAUACCAGUUCCCCCUAUUCCCCCCAUUAAUAAAACGCCGCGCCUACCACGUCGAGCCCCAUCAACACCUAAUCUGAGCCAAAACAAAUCGCCAAACUAUUCUCGACGUCGUUCUCUUGAUGCAGAUGGAGAAGGAUAA